AAAGUGCGUCCAGCAGUUUAUGGGUGACAUCGACCUCUCCUACCUCAAGCCUCCUACUCAAUAUGACAUUGCUCGACAUCUCCGACAAUGCCCUCCAAGCGUCCCGGGGCCCGACGGGCUUCCAUAUAAGGCUUGGCAGUGCCGCCCAGAGGGCCCCGAGAUGCUCACUGAGGUUGUGCGCUGGAUGCUAGAGGGGAACCAGAUGGGGCUCAACUUCAAUGAUGUCCGAGGCGUUUUUUUGGCGAAAGGCGACCUGCCUGGCGACGCUGCUGGCCCUGUGCGCGGGCCUGGUUCGACGAGGCCGUUCGGUCUCAAGAAUGCAGAUUGCAAGGUGGCCGCGGCAAUAUGCGCGCAUGAGUUGACGAAAGCGCUUCCCGACAAAAUCGGCAAAAUGCAGCGCGGAUUCAUUCCGACUCGAAGCCUCGGCAUGAACAUGUUCGAGGCGAGGUCGGUGCUGGGCAUUUCGCCGCAGGUUGCUGAAUCCGUGCUGCCCAUCGUGCGCGAUGCCGUGUACAG